UUCAACUCUGUUUGUCUGUAAUUCGUUCGGAACUGUGUGCAACUAACUCCUAGUUUUUGUUAUCAGUUUGCUUUAGUCUCAUGCUUGUGUUAUCUCUGAUAUAUCUCGAUUGCUUUUUUUACUAAGAUUUUCAUUGGUCACGCUACUGUACAAGCUCCUCUAGUACUCAAGUUACCCUGUGGCUAAACGCAUCUCGCUAAACUCCAAACUUUGUGCUUGUUGUUCCAUCGGUUAGUAGUUUGUCGAGAAGUUGGAUCAGUUGUUAUCCAUUCAGACUGAUACAUCCAAAUCUGUAGACUUUGUUUUCGCUUCAGAUCAAUUCAUACAGGUCCGUCAACAGAGGCAAACAUCACUACCUUAUGUCACGUAAAAUGGAAGUAAAUAUAAAUAGAGUCCGGUGUUUGCAACAAUGGGUGGAGCACAUAAUGCCGUCCAACAGUGAUAAGGAUGUCCGGGAGUGGCGGACGCUUCUUCAGCUUCUUGACUUAUGCAAGGAUUCAAGUAUGUACACUGUUACCAACACUGAAGAUAUACCCAAAACGGUUUACAAUAUCUUGUCAGAUUUCUUCUCUGUUGAUUUAAAUUCCAUUUUUCCAACAAAUGCCGAUGAUAACCGCGCAUCUACUUACAGGCAUUAUUGUUUUUUGCUACUGGUUUUAACUAUGGGUCUGCGCCUGAAAUCCAAACUAUUUAUGAGUGCAGCAUUUGAGCUUCCUAGCACAAUGCAUUAUCAUAUCGUUGAAAUGACUCAACCUCUCAUUGAAGAUUGCCCUAUUUCACUGAAUUCUUUUGAAGCGUUAAGCUUAGAUUUGGAAAACCACCCCGUGACACCCAUCCGUCAGAGCAGGAAUACAAAAGCUCCUUUGACUUGUCCUGUUAUAUCGAAGAUACCCACGUUACCGUUUGGGAACAAAGAAAAAACUAUAACUGGUCCGGAAUUUGUUUUUGAUGAUUCACAUUCCGGGAAUGAACUUUCUCGCAGAUGUACUGGUCAAUCCUUAUGCUCAUCUCCACAAAGCUUUUUUGAAUCUCUUCAUGUGCACAAAGGAAAAAGUUGUAUCACAAAAUCUGGGUUGGGAAAUGACUUGGAGUCGGAAAUCGACUCUCCUCUGUACUCAUUAAAAUCAAUUCUAGAAUCACCACAAGUUAUUCCUAAGGGUCAGUUUUUAUCCAAAUUAGAUGAAAUUCGAUUCCUGUCAUCUAAACUGUCUGAAGUUCAACAUUUAUAUGAAGAAAACAUGUGUGAACUUAGUCGUCUGAAUUCCGAGUUGCAAACUUCAGAAAUGAAAAGAAAAGAAACAGAGAUUCGUUUAAAGCGACGUGAAUCAGAGUUAAAUGAAAUGCGUGAUGAAUUGGCUUAUGAAAUCGAGAUGCGUUCAUUUCAUGAACAGCGAUCUAAUCUUGUUGAUCAUCUACAGGAAAGCCUGAAUGAUGCUUUGGAAAAAUUAAAAAUAGUUGAUCGAUUGGACAAGGAAAAUCAGGAGCUUCUUAAAGAAAACCAUAAUUUAAAAACCAAGCAAAAGGAGUUAGAAAUUAUUCGUUCGCGUUUGUCAUCUCAACAAGAACUUGAACAUCAACUUACUCGAAUGAAAGUUGUCGCUCAGCUUGCAGAUAGUGAGAUCCAUGAAUUAUUGUGCCAUCGUGAACGGCUUCUGGCCAGAUCUGAGGCGGAAUGGAUAGCACAAGCGAAUUCCUUGAUUCGUAACCAAGCUUCUACUUCUGAAACAACAAAUUCUGUUUUUGAUCACAAGUGUUAUUCUUGUGAGAAUUGUCCCCAGUCUCCACAUUCAUCUAACCGAAGCUUUGGUAAAGAAUUUCAACUUUCUAAUGCAGAUGUUUCAAACACAGAUUCUGCCGAAAGUUUAGCCUCUGUGGUGUUGGUAAAUAAUCAGCUUCAAAAUCUUGAGUCAGCUGUUGUUAAGGCACGAACAGAUUACCAAACCAUGAGAAGGAAAUACAUCAUACAGCGAUUCAAUUCAUUGUUUGGAAAAGCACUUGCAAAACUCCGAGGGAAUAUGAUUAACACCUAUCAAUAUUCAUGUGAGGUCUUAAAGAAAGAACUUGAUAAUCUCAAAUCACUCAUGGAUUCUAGAUUCGAAAAACUCAAUGAACAAAUCCGUAAUACAGAAGCUAAGUUAGCUCAAGUCAAUAAGGAAGUUACUGACAAAAUGAAAAUAAUCCGUGAACUGUGUGCUCAGAAAAAGCAGCUUAGUAUUGAACUGGAUAAAAUGCGUUUAGAAUCUGAGAUUGCGUUUCAUGAAUGGGAAAACAAAGUAAAUUUACUUGAGACAGAAAAUAGCAAAUUGAAUAGCAAGCUUGCAUCUCUGCAUUCUUAUCUUGGAGGCAGCCAUGUAAGGAUUGAUCAAGAAUUAAAGAAAAUGAAGGAGGCUGAUAUGGAAGUAUCUAGAUUAACGUCAAAACUCGUUGAGGUAGAAGAAAAAUGUAAUCAGUUAUUAAUUUCAAACAAUAAUUUACGGAAUGAGCUUAACGAUCAAUUUAAUGCUAGUAAAGCGUUUAGAGCGUCUGCUGAAAAAGAGGUAAACUGCCUGAAAGAUAGUUUGACAAAUUGUGCUUCUAAUUAUAAAUCAAUUAUCAACAGUAUGUCAGAGGAACAUCGUCGUGAGAAAGAUCACUUUAUAUCAAAUAUGAAGCAGGCUGAAGAGACUAAGGAUGUUUCUUUACAAGAAGCUGCUAAAUUGAAAAUUAUAUUGAAAAAUAUCAAAAAUGAGCUAAGCGACGAAAAAGAAAAAGCUUUACAAAUUUCAGCUCUAUCGGAUAGAUUUAAAAGUGAAGUAGCUGAUCUACGCUGCCAACUUUCUAAAACGAGAGAACACUUAUUAGAAGUUGAAGAAAGCUUAAAAGUAAAAAAUGACAUGGUUCUAUCCUUACAAACAGCAAACAACCAGUUAGAGAAGAAGCUUGCAUUAAGUGAAACGUCUUAUAAUCUAAAGGAAAAAGAGGUUUGUAGGUUGGUGUCACAAAUUGUGGAGCUAGAAUCAGAAAAUAAACGAAGUUCUGAAAAAAUCACUGAGCUUGAAAACUUAGCUAAAUCAGCCAGUCAUAUUCAUUUGGAUUUGAAGCAUCAUUCGGAAACCCUGCGAAGUCAACUUAGUGAAAUGGAAAGUGGUUGGUUGUCUACACGUGCACAGCUUGCUGAAACAAGAGAACAAUUAAUUAAGACAGAGGAGCUGCUUCACGAUACGAGGUUGCGUCUUUUACGAGCGAACUAUGAGAAAACGGAAUUUUUCGAACGUUUAGCGCUAACUGAGUCGAAAAGUGGAGCAAAUAUUGCUGUUCAAAAGUGUGAUUCUCGUUCACAUCAUAUAUGUUUAAAUCAUUCAGCUGGUAAUAUAAAAGAAUGGCCUCCUUAUUCGUCUACUACUGCUCCAGUUAGUCCUGGUGGAUUACAGAAGAAAAGUCACAAAGUGUUGUCUGGUACGACUAUACCAUUUCAUAGAUGUCGCUUUGGUCGCCUGAUUAUUGCACCUGACGGAGAUGAAGCAAAGGAGCUAAAGUCAAUCACGUAUCAAAUGACAGACAAACUUUAUUCAGCUCUAUCAAGGAAAGAAUAUGAAAACCAUUCAGCUGAAACAGAGCUGAAUACGCCUGUUACAGACAAAUCGACAGAAGUUGAAAAGCAACCUGGUUCAGAAACGGUCUCACUGACGUUACCAUAUACAUAUGAAACUCCUGCGUGUACGUUGAACAUGGUCAAUAUUUCUCGGAGCUGUAGUGCCUAUGAGAUUGCUACAGUGCCACUUAAACUCUCGUGCAAAGAUGAUUUAUCGUGCUCAUCUUCCAAAGAUACGUCAACUUCGUCAACAUCACAUAGUUCACUUCCUAUGAUUGCUGAUGGAACGAGGUUGAAGUAUGGUAAGUGGGUUUCAAAAAAGCUGCACAAGCGUUCAAAGCAUGGAAUUCCACAAGAUCUGAAGAAUAAGGUCGGUCGGUUUGUAGAACCUUAUCCGCCGAAUUCCAGUGUUCAGAGAAAUAAGGUACUAAAAGAGGAAAAUUCUGCUAGCAAGCCGUCGUGGCAUAAAGUAUGGGCAAGAAAAAAGUAAUCAAUAAUUGAAAAAUAUUUUAUUGUACAUAUCUAUUCAGUUUCUGAUUAUAUUACAGUUUUAACUUUGAAUUACAUGUUUUGCUAAACAAUUUAAAUGAAUUUGUUUUCUUCUUUUACAUUACACGUAUAAUUUCGUUGGUAAUUCCAAGAAGGGAGGCAUGAUGCAUCAAAUUCUGCAGGAUUACUUAGUACAGAUUUGACUUGUUCUAGUGUCGCUACACAUGAUCUGUCUUUAUAAACAUCUAUCAAUUCAUAUGUACCAUUUGCUUGACUCUAAAAAUUUGGAAGGUAGAAUUCAAUAACUUGGAAAUGAUUCCACUCAGUAAUCAAACAACCAAGUCUCUUUUAUAGUUCACAUUUAUUAUGUUUUACUGAAAAAUACUCUUGGAAGACAUAAAAGAUAUUUGAUGGUAUAAGCAAGGGUCGAUUUUAAAAGGGCUGAUUAGUAGAAAAUAUAGGAGAACGACCACGUCCAGGUGGAAAACCAGCCUGGUUUUCUCAAGUCUGCUCUAAACGAGUUCUAGUUAGACGUCUAAGUAUGAUGGAGGCUCACAAUUUAGAAACUGUAUUAGUUAAACUUAUACCCCUGUGGUUGUCUUUUCUUGUAGAUUGGGACAAUCAGUGAUUG